AACCCCCCACCCCCUCGCCUUCCCUACUCAGAGGUCACAAGAAACACCAAGAUGGUCAGGUCGCGAGCCCCGGCCUCCAGGGAAGUGGAUCUUUCCCUUGGCCACACCCCUCACUUUACUAGGCCGCGUCUCCUUGGUCCGUGAAGGGCCUAGUCCCGCCCCUUCGAGCCGACGCCAGCAGCCACGUACCACGUUUCUACGUGUCUGGAGCCUAAAGGCGGAAGUUACGCCAGGGACUCGAGAGCUGAGCGGCGGACCUAAAAGAAUAUAGGCCGCAAGAGGAAGGGGGGCGGGCAGACGGCAUUGGAAGGCGCCGGAAGUGGUCGUGCUGAGGAGGGGUGGGAGAGGGGUGGGCCAGGCAGUUCACUUGGCUGUAGCUGGGCGCCUCGGUAAGGCGUACUUUCACUUCUUUCCGAGAGCCUGGCCCAGUGUCUCCGCCUCUGUCAACAUGGAUUUCAGGGAAAUUCUCCUGAUAGCUUCCAAAGGACAAGGUGUCAACAACGUGCCGAAAAGGUAUAGUUUGGCAGUGGGGCCUCCCAAAAAAGACCCAAAAGUCAAGGGUGUCCAAUCUGCAGCUGUUCAGGCUUUUCUCAGACGAAAAGAAGAGGAGCUCAGGCAAAAAGCUUUAGAGGAGAAAAGGAGAAAAGAAGAACUAGUGAAAAAGCGAAUUGAGCUAAAACAUGAUAAGAAGGCAAGAGCUAUGGCCAAGAGGACAAAGGAUAAUUUCCAUGGUUACAACGGGAUUCCCGUUGAGGAAAAGUCAAAGAAGAGGCAGGUGAUGGAAAGCCACACUAGCCAGGGAACAGAACAAGAGUAUGGGAUGGAAGAAGAAGAUGAAUUCUUAGAGUACAAUCAAGCAGAGUCAGAGCAGGAGUAUGAGGAGGAGCAAGAACCUCCCAAAGUUGAAAGCAAACCAAAGGUCCCCCUUAAAAGUGCCCCGCCACUCAUGAACUUCACCGAUCUACUCAGGCUGGCCGAGAAAAAGCAGUAUGAACCAGUGGAGAUCAAGGUAGUGAAGAAAACAGAAGAGCGGCCUAUGACUGCAGAAGAACUUAGGGAGCGAGAAUUUCUUGAACGGAAACAGAGGAAAAAGAGAGCUGAGACAGAUGCAAGACUACCUCUGGCCAAAAAGGCACCUUCUCAGAAAGAAAGUGUGGGCACAAAACUUAGCAAGCACCCUUCCUCCAGGGGUACACCCCUCCCUCAUGCUGAGAAGAAAUCCAGACCCAGUACAGCCAAUGAAAAACACUUAAGUGUGUCUUCAUCCAAAUCCAUGCCAGGAGAGAGGACCAAAGCAGGAUCUGGCAAUUGCUCCCAGCCCUUACUUCGAGAGGGCCAUGACAGACCUGUUUUCAAUGGGGCUGGAAAGCCCCACUCCAGCACCUAUUCACCAAGUGUCCCAAAGACUUCUGCUAAAGGGCCUCAGAAAUCUGCUACUGAGCACAAAGCCAAAAAAUCUCCUCCCCAUCCUAGCCAUUCCAGGCCUGGGCCUGUGGUUACCCCACACAAUAAAGCCAAGAGUCCAGGUGUCGUCAGGCAGCCAGGCAGCAGCUCCAGCUCAGCUCCCGGGCGGCCCAGCACAGGGACUGCUCGGCCCACAGUUAGUUCUGGCCCCAUGCCCAGGCGCCAGAAUGGCAGCCCCAGCUCAGGACCUGAGCGAUCAGUCAGUGGGACCAAGAGGCCAGCCAGUGACUUAAACCUCUCUGGACGGACACUCAGUGGUACAAGUGGCCCUGGGCAUCCUGCAAAUAGCUCAAGUGGACCUGGACGACCCACCACUGGCUCAGGUGAUUCUAGGAAGUCUUUGGGCAGCUCUGGUGGCCCUGGGCGGCCUGUGAGCAGUCCGCAUGACCUCCGACGACCAGUGAGUGGCUCUGGCCCCCCUGGGCGGCCAGUCAGUGGCCCUGGGCGGCCAGUCAAUGGCCCUGGGCGGCCAGUCGGUGGCCCUGGGCGGCCAGUCGGUGGCUCAGUUCCAGCCGGACGGACGGUCAGUAGUUCAGGCCCUGGAAGACCAGUGAGCAGCUUGGGACCUGGGCGAACAGUUAGUAGCUCCGGUCUCCCCCUAAAACCCAAGUGUACCGUUGUCUCAGAAACCAUUUCUUCCAAGAAUAUAAUUAGCCGAUCCAGCAAUGGACAGAUGAAUGGAAUGAAGCCUUCCUUAUCUGGCUGCAGAUCUGCCCAAGGUCCUCAAAGGCUUCCCUUCCCUAGUGGUUACAAAAGGCAACGAGAAUAUGAAGAGGAGGAAGAUGAUGAUGAAUAUGACUCUGAAAUGGAAGAUUUUAUCGAAGAUGAAGGAGAACCUCAGGAAGAAAUAUCCAAGCACAUUCGAGAAAUCUUUGGCUAUGACCGAAAAAAAUACAAAGAUGAAAGUGAUUAUGCCUUACGUUACAUGGAGAGUAGUUGGAAAGAGCAGCAGAAGGAAGAAGCAAAGAGUUUAAGACUAGGUAUGCAGGAGGACUUAGAGGAAAUGAGACGUGAAGAAGAAGAAAUGAAGCGUCGAAAGGCUAAGAAGCUGAAGAAGCGUUAGCUGCUGCUUUUAUUAUUUUUGUGAAAUUCUGGAGACACUCUGCUGCCAGGAGGUCCUGCCUUCAGAAUGAAGAAGCCCCUUUAUGAUUUUAAUUUCUACUUGGGUACUCAAGGAGAAGGAAUGCAUACUGUUAUUUGCAGGCUGUCAUUGGAGCAUAAAGUAUUUUCAAAUACUUUCCAGGGUUAAAUCUAAUGCAGAUGAUAGAAUGCCCAGUGAGCGUGCUUAUGAAGUUAACUGUUCACAGGUGCCCGCCUUGAUCCUGAUGAGCUAUGCACUCUAACGGGGGCCGCUCACCUGUCAGCCAAUCUUACAUUGUUCCUUUGCUAUUUUGAAAAGGGAAAAAAAAAAAAAGGAUUGCCUCUUCAUGUUCUGCUGAUGUGUGAGUAGAGCACUGCCCAGCUCCCAAUCAAACUUUGUCUUUUAAUGAGGAACCUGGCCCUUCCAUGAAUGUUGCCAGCAAUAAAGUGACCUGUCCUAAUGUAUAUGUUUGGAUUGAGAACUUGAAAAUGUAGAGUAGGCUCUAUAAUUAUCGUAUGGAUGUCAUCUCUGUGACUUUGAAGUAAAAAGUAGAAUAAAUUAUAUCGUAUUUUACAUUAUUCAUGGAUUGGAUGCCGAGCAUUCUUAUUCACUAAUUUAGGUGGUAAGGCAAUUAACAAAAUUUUUUUUCCAGUUAAAAUGCAAGUUAUGCCAUUUAGUUUAAAAAUAAUCUGUUUCCAGGUUUUCCUUUCAAAUUUACUGUUACGUUGGCUUUAGCGUAAAAUAGACAAGGUCACUGUGCUAAUUGAUUUUUAUCUAAGAAAAGUCAUUUUUAUACUGAAGAAAAAUGCUUAUUUUAUUCAAACAUUAGAUUUGGAAGAGUAAUAGUUUAAAAAAUAAGGAAGUGACAUGUGAGACUCCCCUCCUCCCUCUCUAGAAAGAUAUUUUGGAAAAAGGUGCCCCUGUACCUCUUGAUGUUAACGACUGCAUUUUAUCUUAAAUUCUUUAGCAAUUAAUGCCAAAAGCCAAAAACUAAAUUCACGUAUAUUGAGAGCACCACCUUCUCUUUUUGCCCAUAUUGCACUUUUAUUUCAAACUAUGCACUGUGAAGAGAUUUUUUUCCCAGGUAGAAAAGGACGUUCCCUGCUACUGGUGCUUUACCAGGCUGUGGAACUUUCUUCAUGCUCACUUUUUUCCAAGUCCUAUUUUUACACUUGAGAUCUCUUAAGCCUCAAACCCAGGCAGUUCCAAUCAGGCUGACCUAGGUUCUGGCUGGAGAGAAGCCAAGUCUCAAGAAAAGUCAGCAACAGAAAAUGAGAUAUGAUGACGCUAGAGAGCUUUUGUCCU